AUGGCGAAUCGAGUGUCUGUCUCUGCCUUCGUGCUCAUGUUUGUGGCAAUUGCUUUCGCUGCGAUUGGACCUACGACGGACUUGACCAUCAUCAAUGCCGAUAUCGCCCCCGAUGGGUAUCUUCGCCCUGCCGUUCUUGCUGGAGGUACCUUCCCGGGUCCUGUGAUCGCCGGUAAUAAGGGGGAUAAUUUUCAGAUCAAUGUGAACAACUUGUUGACGAAUGAAACCAUGCUGAAGACCACCUCCAUUCAUUGGCAUGGAAUUUAUCAGACCGGAACUAACUGGGCGGACGGAGUGGCAUUUGUGAGCCAGUGUCCCAUCGCUUCUGGCGACUCGUUUUUGUAUGACUUCACUAUACCUGACCAGGCUGGCACUUUCUGGUAUCACAGUCAUCUUGCAACUCAGUACUGCGAUGGGCUGCGAGGUGCUUUCGUUGUGUACGACCCCGACGAUCCCUUUGCUGACAUGUACGAUGUCGACAACGAUAGUACCAUUAUAACCCUUGCCGAUUGGUAUCAUGUCGCAGCGGCCUUGGAGCCACUUGUACCAACACCUGAUGCCACCCUGAUCAACGGAUUAGGUCCCUCCUACAAUGGUUCGGACACUCCCUUAGCUGUCAUCACUGUCCAGCAAGGUUUGCGGUACCGUAUUCGUCUUGUCUCCAUCUCCUGCGACCCGAAUUUUAUUUUCUCCAUCGAUGGUCACAAUAUGACCAUCAUUGAGACGGAUGGCGUGAACACGGACCCACUCGUUGUUGAUUCUUUGCAGAUUUAUGCGGCGCAACGAUACUCCUUCAUUCUCGUAGCUAAUCAGCCCAUUAACAAUUACUGGGUUCGCGCUCUACCAAACAGGGGGCCCGCUGGUUAUGCUAUACUCCGCUACGACGGUGCACCAACUGUAGGACCUCAAACAAACCAAUCUGUCAGCAUCUCUCCGCUGGCAGAGACCAACCUCCACCCGCUCAUCGGUGCACAAGCUCCAGGUGAACCCACGGAUACCGGCAUAGACCUCGCUCUCAAUCUAAUUACGACUAACAACGGCACCAAAUUUUUUAUGAACAGCGUGACCUUCGUUCCGCCCCCGGUGCCCGUCCUCCUGCAGAUCCUGAGCGGUGUUUAUAGUGCUCAGGAUCUCCUUCCGGCUGGCAGCGUGUACACAUUGCCCUCGAAUUCAACGAUCCAAUUGUCCAUUCCCGGGGGUGUCGUGGGAGGUGGGCAUCCGCUGCACUUGCACGGGCACACAUUUUCUGUCGUCCGCAGCGCCUCUAGUGACGUUUAUAAUUACGAUAACCCGGUGCAGCGGGACACGGUCAACAUCGGCGUUGCUGGCGACAAUGUCACCGUCCGAUUCAAUACCAACAACUCGGGCCCAUGGCUGCUCCACUGCCACAUCGAUAGGCACCUGGCGAACGGUUUUGCUGUCGUCAUGGCCGAGGCGCCCACGCUGACAACGGAGACCCCGCCUCCUGCAUGGUCAGAUCUUUGCCCUAUCUACGACGCGCUAUCUCUCACCGAUCACUGA